UCUCUCUCUCUCUCUCCAUUCCCUUUAAUUUCAAAUCCACUCCCCUCUCUCUCUCUCUCACACAAACACACACAGUAGCACUUUGCAUUUUCCUCUCUCAUUUGUUACUGUUACCCCGCUUCCCCUUCACUCUUUCUCCUACAUCCUCCAUCAGUUUCUUUUUAUUUAUUAUUUGAAUAAACCCUAGACCACCACACUUCAGAUCUUACUUUCUGAAUCUUCUUUGAUGGUGUACAGAAUGUAAGGUUCAUUGAUGUGUUUUGUCUGAUUUUGUUUGCUGAUACAUCUACAUGGAGUACUUGGCUACUUAAGUGAGGAAAUGGAGGUUGAAAAGCGAAGUUCGAAGGGAGGUUUUCUUCAGCUAUUUGAUUGGAAUAGCAAAUCCCGGAAGAAACUUUUCUCUAACAAGUCUGAACUACCUGCUGUAGAAAACUCUAAACAUGGGAAAGAAAGUGCCAAUGGAUCAGCCAAUUUAAGACUUCAGCAGGCUCAUGGCUAUGGUCCUGGUUCCAACUCCAAGCAGAACUAUGAUUUCUGUAGUGCUUCAUCUGUAGCCGAGGAUGAAGGUUAUAGUCAAAAAGCACCUGGGGUUGUUGCACGUCUCAUGGGAUUGGAUUCGUUGCCAACUUCAAAAGAGUCUGAUCCCUACUUUAACUCAUCUGAUUGUCACUCGUUCAGAGAUUCUCCAUAUCUUAGUUUUAUAGCUGAUUUUCCGAAUGAACAUCAUAUGAUAGUCGAUGGUAAUAUGCGAAAUAAACUGGAUGGAUUUAAGAGAAACCCUGUUGAAAUAAGGCUGCAGAAGGUGCAGAGCUGUCCCAUUGAGAGGUUUCAAAGUGAGGUAUUGCCUCCAAAAUCAGCUAAGCCUAUUCCAGUUAUGCAACACAGAUUGUUAUCUCCUAUCAAGAGUCCUGGGUUCAUCCCUCCUAAGAAUGCAGCUUACAUAAUAGAGGCAGCUGCCAAAAUAUAUGAGCAAAGUCCUCGACCUGCAACCAGAGAGAAGGUGCAAUCUUCUGGGUCUUCCUCUGUCCCUUUAAGAAUACGGGACUUACGAGAUAAAAUGGAGGCUGCUCAGAGGCAGUCUAGGAUUUAUGAAGCAUCACAUAGGCCAACGGAACAAAAUUCUGUAAAAAACGUCAGAAGACAACCCUCCGAAAGAGGUCAGAUUCAAUCAGAUAGUACACGUCAAUUCAGGGCUUCUGAGGUAUCAAGAAGAGAUGUAUCCCAAAGUAAGGGGAAGGAGAAGUCAGUUUCACUAGCAGUUCAGGCAAAGACCAAUAUUCAGAAAAGAGAGGGGAGGGCAUCUACUGCUAGUAAGAACCCAUUGAACCAGAAAGAACAGAAUGAGUCCAAGUCUGGUAGGAGGCGGCCAAAUGUAAAAACUGCGGAGAGGAAAAAUUCACUGAACCAGCCAACUGAUGUGCUCAGGCAGAACAACCAGAAGCAGAACGCUGCAUCUAAUAAAGAUGGAGAGAGUUCGAAAACUUCAGCUCCCUACCACAAAGAGAAAAAAAUAUCGUCUACUGGUAACAUGUCUAGGUCAACCAAGACUGUAAGUAGAAUUGUUGUAAAUACCACAACUGCUACAGGAACUGCAAGUGUUGUAGGAACUGAUGUUGGAAAGGACCUUUCAUCGUCUAGGGAUUCCGGACUGAGGUCCUUCAAUGGAAAGAAACAGCUAGUCAAUGGAGAUGUUGGCUCUGAUGGAUGUGGUGUGGACAAUAUAAUAAAGAGUAAGGACGAGAGGUCUAUAAAAUGUAAUUUAACUGUUGAAGGAUGCUCCACUUGGGAUACAGCUGACAGGAAAAAUGGGAGUGAUGUAGUGUCAUUUACUUUUACCUCACCCAUCAAAAAACCAAUGCCGAGCUCCACUUCAUCAAGACAUGUUUUGGAAAGGAAAAAUUCUCUGUCUGUCUUUCCAGGUUCUGAUGAUGAUCAGUCUGAUUCAAGAACAUCAACGAUAUCUUCUUUAGGUCCGAAUGCAGUUGGUGGUGAUGAUUUAGGUAUGCUCUUAGAACAAAAGCUUAAAGAAUUAACUUCUAAAGUUGGACCAUCUUCUGAAGAUCUCAUCAAAAAAGGGACGGCCUCUAUAUCUGCCAGUACUUUUGAAGAUAGUGUGUCCAUAUCACAUGGGAAGAGACUUCAAGUUGAUUUGCUUCAUGAAAAAGCAGGUGACUAUGGUCACUCUUCUGUUGAUGACCUCCGGCUUACUGCAACUCAGAUACGGCAGGGUCAAAUAAAGGUAGAAAAUUCUAAAACUGCCUGCAGCUUUACGUGUGAAAGAGAAUUUAGUUUACCAUGUUCUAGUCUGGCUUCAAGUUUGGAACCUUCUACAUCAGGAGGCAGCUGCAACUCCUUGGAUAGCUACAGAAGUCUAACUACUGAUGGGAGCAAGUAUCAUCUUUCUGAUGGAUCUCAGGAAAUGAUGAAUUGGAAAACCUGCAUGAGGACCCAUUUGGUGGAAGGUGAUGCAGAGUUAUUGGAUUCAGCCUCUUCCUUUUCUCUUGCUGACGCAGGUGGAAAAUAUUCAACUACUACAUUGAUUUCCACAAAUUUUGAUGAAUUACCUUUCUGGGAGUUUAGAUAUAUUAGAGAUAUAAUUAGAAGUUCAGACUUGGUGUCGGAAGAUUUUGUGCUGGGUGAGGCUCAGAGUAUUAUUGCUCUCGAUCUCUUUGACCAGCUGGAGAAUCAGAAGACUCGAACUAAUAAAAAUGCAGAAGAGCAGUUGAAGAUUAGGAGAAGAGUUUUGUUUGAUUCGGUGGUUGAAUGUCUGGAAUUCAGAUGUAAACAAAGUUCUGGUGGAAGUUUUGAAGCUUGGGCGAAGUGGACAGUGUUGGUGCAAAGGAAGGAAUGGUUGGCAGAAGAAGUGUAUAGAGAGAUUGCUGGCUGGACAAGCAUGGAAGAGUUGAUGGUGGAUGAGGUUGUUGACAAAGAUAUGAGCACACAACAUGGGAAGUGGACCGAUUUUAGCUUUGAAGCCUUCGAAGAGGGUGUUGACAUUGAGCAGGGGAUCCUUUCAUCUCUUGUCGAUGAACUGAUCCACGACCUAAUGUGAAUGAGUCCUCUUCUGGCUUUAACCAACAUAAAGUUUUUUACUUUAGCUUUGCUACUUUACGGCUUCCUUGUGCAUUUUCCUUUUCCUCAUGAAAGGUGGAAAUCUUAAUUCAAUUAAGAGAUCAGUGUCUCAAGCGAUUGUUCAUGUUUAUGUUCUUAGAUAGGAUCAAGGUUUCCAUCAUAGGAGGGUACAUUAUCCUUUGAACGCGAAUGAGAAGCUUUUCUGCCUAAUUUUUCAGUGAUUUUGAGUGUGUGAUAUUGAUAGGUGAUGCCAGUAUUAGUAGCAUUUUGUGGGCUUGAUCUCAAAGUCAGCUCUAAGCCUCUAAUGGCCUCUCUUUUCCUCUGUAAGCACAGAGACGUACUGCUGGGAGGUAAUCUUUUUGUAGCUCUUCAAAAGAUUAAAUUAAUUCAUUAGAGUUCUUUUCA